CGACAAGCACAGCUCUAUGCCAGCGUAAACCGUACGAUCAAAAGUCAAAAGCCACAGCGAACCAGUUGUCUCUGUCGCACACACCUGACGGACUGCUUUAUAGCGAUGUAAACAACGAAAUUGAAAAGUAACAGCAACAGUUGUACCAGCGUCGACGCCGGCAGAGCCAACGAUUAGUCAACUGGAAACGAAAUGGUUGCUGAGAAACCACCAACAACAGAACGGCGGGAAGAAGAAGAGGCAAGAGGCUAUGUGUUCUGAGCAGCGCUUGAAAAAAUGUUGAGCGGCCAAAGGAAAACGAGAAUAAGCGUUUAAUUUACCUAAAUUGGGUUCGAAAAAAGUGUUUAAUUAGCUUUAAUCAAGGAAGGGUGCUCCUCGACUGCUGGAAAACCACCACGAGGGUCACUCGCAAUUCAGACAGCAUGCAGUUCAGACCCGUACUCGAACUCAGAUGCGGAUGCGGACACCGCCCUGUUCCAAUUGCCAAGCGGCUGGUCGCCUGCCUCGUGGCCAUGCUCUGGCUAUGGGCGGGGGCAUCCUGUGCGUCCGAGCAGACUCCUGUGUACUUAUACGUCGGCUGCUACACGGCACGCACGGAUCUGCAGCACGAAUCGGUGUACGCCAAGACGCCGCAGACCUGCAUCGAGAUUUGCGAGCGCCAGGACCAUCACUAUGCCGUGCUGGCGGCGGAAAAAUGCUUCUGUGCCAACGCCCUGGAGCCGCAGGAUCAGCAGGAUGAGCAGCUGUGCAACACCCGGUGUCUGGCCAACAAGGCCCAGUACUGCGGAGGCGUCGGUGUCCACUCGUACUACUCCACCACGCUGACGAGACAGCCAGCGCCGCACCAUCUGCGAGUUGCCAAUCGCACCGAGAACAGUCUGACUGUCGCCUGGGAUGCCUAUGAGCCGCGUAAGCUGCUACUGGCCGGAGCACAGGCCGUCAUGCCCAACCAGCAGAUAGCCAGCUUUCUGAUACGCGCCAAAGUGGUCAAGACCUACUCAUCACUGCCUGCCUUCCCCCAGCCCGAGUUCAUGGUGCAGAGCACCGAGUCGCAGUUCGAGCUGACGGACCUCCAUCCGGCCACGCUCUACAACGUGACGGUGCGGGCCAUCUGCAUGGAGCAACAGCAGCCGGGACAGACGGAAUGUGGCCAGGACAGUCUGGCGGCCAGCACGGAGGUGGGCUCCCCAAGUCCAGCCCCGCCACAACCCAAGAUUCUGACGCGUGCAGAUCAAACCCUGACAGUGGAACUGGCCCCCGUCCGUAACGACAAUGGGCCGGUGAGCAAGCUCCUCAUCAUUGUGGAGUACGUGGACGAUGCCCUCAGCCAGCCAUUCGAUGAGCAGCUGCUGGGAAGCUGGCAGCAGUCACAACAGGAUGGAACACCCUACUACAUUGCGGCUGAGCUGGACUACGACAGGCCGGAGGACAACCGCAAUCGCCGGUUUGUGGUGGGCGAUGGCAAGCUCUAUGGACGCUACCGCAAUGCCCCGCUCGAGCAGUCAGCCGUCCAUGUGCACGUGAGCCUGGGAGUGGUGAGCGAACUGGAGGGCGUGACCAAGACUGUGUACACGCGAAGCACUCACGGUCAGCACACCACCUCACUGGACGACUUCAGCUAUGCCACCUUCGAGAAGGGUCAGUCGUCGGUGGUGGCCUUGGCCGUCACCUGUGUAAUCUUCGGCAGCUGUCUGCUGCUCAGCCUCAUCGCGUACUUCUAUCUGCGCUACAAGACUUGCAGCGGUCGCAGGCUGGGAGGACGCAAUGGCCACGAGAUGACCUUGCAGACGCCGAUCAUUGAGCGCGAGAACAAUGGCUAUCUGGUGGAGGAGGAACUGGCCACGCCGCCCUCGCUGGAGACCUUUAAACAGCAGCUGCAGCAGCUGGUCGACGGAUUCGAUCGUCUGCCGCGCAAUGCUCUCCGCCUGAAUGUAAACGACGUGAUUGGCGAGGGUCGCUUCGGAGAGAUCAUAUCGGGAAAGUUUUCAUCAAACGAUUCGGCCAAGGACUGCGCCCUGCACAUCUUGUCAUUGGAUGAACUGAAUGGGAUAGCGCAGGCCCAGCUGCUGAGGGAGUUGCGGCAGCUCUCGCAACUGGAGCGGCAUCAGCAUCUGCUAAACUUCUAUGGCAUCUCGGCCAGUCCCGACUGGUUCUAUCUGGUCUUCGAACUGCAGCGCGUGAGCCUGAAGAGACGACUCCUCGAGAGCCGCCAGACGGUGGCGUCGUCUCCGCGACUCAGCUCCCUCUCUGAGCAGCUGGUUCUACAGUGGAUCUAUGAGCUGGCCAAUGCAAUGUCAUACCUCGCCAGUUGCCGGGUGGUGCAUCGCCAGCUGUGCUCGCACAGCGUCUACAUCAACGCCGAGUCGAAGGUGAAGCUCUGCGUCUUCGGACCGCUGCACUACAUCCACAACAGCUGCGAGCAGCUGGACCAGAGCCGUUGGCUGGCCCCGGAAGUCCUGCGCCAUCAUCAGCACCAUUCGAGCAAGUCGGAUGUGUGGGCCUUGGCCUGCGUGGCCUGGGAGUGCUGCGCCCUCGGCGGCACCCCAUAUGCGAAUAUGGUGGCCAGCAGUCAGCAGCUCUUGGACGCCAUUCGAGCGGCUGUGCGUCCUGCACAGCCCGCCUAUGUUUAUGGGGAUCUCUACCAGCUGCUGCUCAACUGCUGGCAGCUGGAGCCCAGCGAGCGCAUCAGCUUCGAAGAUGUGGCCUUCGGGGUGCGUCAACUGAUGACCUCACCGCGUCAUGCUCUCUGCUUUGAUCGUGCCGAAGCAGCAGCAUCAGCGGGUGCAGCACUGGAUCCACUGCCCAUGCAUCUGCCCCAGCUGGAGACCAAAUAGGAGUAGGCUUUAGAGUAAGCGAAAUAGCAAAAACGAACGUAAUCGAUCGUAUACCCCAUAGGAGUCGUCUGAUAUUGUUGUAUAUAUAUUUAUAUAUAUCAAAUACAAAUUAAACUGUAU